GCGCAUGCGCACAUCAUAUACUGCGAGUAAAAAACUUUCAUUUGCCACACGCGAACUAGUUUGCCGCUUUCAAUCACAUCAGUCCCAGGAGCACCUGUACACCUGGACCACGGUGGCAGAGAUACACGACACAACACGACAGAAACGUCAAGUCUGUGCAAUGGAAAACACAAACCUAGUGAAGAAGGAGUUUAUAAGUGUAUGGGUACGAGAUCCUCAGGUACACAAGGAGGAUUUCUGGAACACGCACAUCACCUAUGAGAUCUGUCUUCAUACCAAUAGUAUGUGUUUCCGGAAGAAGACCUCUUGUGUGAGGAGGAGGUAUAGUGAGUUUGUUUGGCUGCGUCAAAAACUACAGAACAAUGCUCUGCUUAUAGAGUUACCUAAACUCCCUCGCGGAAAUCCUUUCUUCAAUCUCAAUAGUGAUUUCCAGAUCACUCAACGGAUGCGGGGGCUGCAACAUUUCCUUGAGGCAGUUCUACAGACACCAUUACUGCUGUCAGACAGUCUGCUGCACCUGUUCUUGCAGUCACCGCUGAGCAUUGCAAAAAUGGAUGCGUGUGCACAGGGACAGACUCAUUACACGGUUGCACAGGCAAUACAGCGGUGUGUCGGGUAUACCCGUUUCCCUGUAGAGGAACAGCAUCAAGAAGACGACAGCAAAACAUGCUGUGACUCAGACUGUGAAAGGUGUCACAUGGCGGUCACUCCAUUGCCACAAACCUCCCAUAAAGACUUCCCUGGUGUUCAUUGGUUAAACUGCCGUAACACGUCUAAAUGA